CUUCGGGUGGUCGAGACGUGAAGUACUCCUCGGACUGCACUGUUUACUGGAGCACUCUGAAGAACAUCAUUUUCCAUCACACUUAGAAGCUCACCGCCGAAUGGUCGAAGCACUUUACCAUGGCAUGGCAUGGCAUGACGCGGCCCGUGGGCUAAGGGCCGGGCUGAGCAUGGAUAGCUGCCAACUUCCAUCAUAGGCCAAGGCAAUACCGGAACAAGACAAUUCGACCGCGAGAGUAUAUAUACCCAAGAGCCUUUUGGCACACCUAGACGUUUUUUGCUACAUCUCGAGUCCAAGCCCUUGCACCUACCAUCAAAGCGACCCUACAUCCGUCCACCGAAGCCGCCCGUCAAUCGAGUCUUCAAAGGAGCACAUGCAACACAAACAGAAAGAGCAAAGGAUAGUCAAGACAAGAGCAAGACAAGAUGGGCUUCCGCGAUUCGUUCAAAGACCUUCAGAACAAGGCUCAAGCAGCCAUGUCCAACAACGCUCCUCCAAUCCCUUGGGCCAGCAAACCCGGCUCCUCCUCCUCCUCCUCCCCAGCACCUCCUCCGCAGCAACAAGCCCAACCCUACUGGCAACCCAAUUGCUCCCCCGACACCCCAGUCUCCGCAAACUUCAAACACGAACAAGGAAACUGGGGCUGGGGCAACAAUGAAGCUCAGAAUUACGUCGACGACACCACAAACAGUUUCCACACACCUUACAACGCAUUAGUGGUGCAUGCAAUCAUAAACCACUCCCACCCCCAAGAAGACAGGAAAUUCACCUCUGCGCGCCUCUCCUCUCACCAAACACUUUCUCGUAGUCGUGGAAAUCUGUCUGCUAGAAUAACAGCUCCCCUUGCUGCUGGUAUCUGGCCCGCCUUUUGGUUGUUACCCCAAGACCCAUUCGUAUGGCCCACAGAUGGCGAAAUGGACAUCUUCGAAGCCUGGAACGGCGACCCCACAAACCACACCUGUAUGCACUGGGGCCACUUCAACGGACCCGACCACGACAAACAUCGCGUCGUCGAAACCCCCAUUCCCAACAUCACAUCCCCCCAGGGCAUUCGCUUCGAUUUCACCUGGGAAGAAGAUGAGGCUUCUGGUACUGGGAGAAUGAUUUGGUAUAUCGAUGGCAAAGCUGUCAUGAAGGCUAGUAAACCGGCUGGAACGAGACCGAUGAGGGAUUUUAGGAUCUUGAUAAAUGUGGCUGUGGGGGGCAAUGUUUGUCAGGGUGUUAUGCCUAAAGAUGGUACGUAUGAGUUUGUGGUUAGGGAGUUGGGCAUGUGGGAUGCGCCGCCUGGAGGAUGGGAUAGGUUUCAGAGGGAUUGGAAGACGACGAGGGAGGGUCAUGGUAUGUAGAUUGCUUGUGCCGUCUUGUACUCACAACGACUAGACUUUUUCAUUUUCUUGUCAUAUAUAUUUACUGAUGGUGGCGUUUCCUCUGUCGUAGAGUUCCUGAUUUUUGCUCUCAAAAUGCUUGUCCGGCGGCUACUUCGAUUCUUUGCCGUCCGUGGUGAAGAUGUACGAGGAGCCGGCUCUCAAUUGGCCAUGACCUGAACUUGCCAGAUUUGCGUAGCAUAGGAGGACGGAAUCUUACUGGACAAUUUGCCCCAAUCAUCUGCCGGGAUCAACUUCGCAAACCUCAUCCGGGGAGAUCAACUAGGUAUGCUUGCCUCUUGUCCCAAAAGAUGUUGACAUAGUACGAUGUUCUAAACAUAGGAGAUGGCGGAAAAGAUACUGCAUACAAAUUCUACAAACA